UCCAUUAAAUGAUCACCACGUGUCCCAACUCUGUGAACCUUUUCCAAACACCGCAUCGUGCCUCCACGCUCCUAUCGUCAGAAAUUCAGAAUCCAAAUUCUGGUGUGGACCCCACUCCAAGCCAUAGCCCCCGUCAAUCUAACGGCGUCAACUUUUGAUUUCAAAUUCUCUCCGAACCAUCAGGUUCGGCUCCACACCUCAGGCCCAGACUCAUCUGUGGUUUAUAUACUAGCCAUCAUAAAACCCUAUAUUGCCUGCUUACACUCAUCCUACGAUACUUUUAGGACAUCGUGAGAAUCGGAGACAAAGAACCGUCUUUUUAGGGUUUUGGUUCGGACUUUUUAAGCAAUGGCGGAGGAAUCUGAGAGUAAGCAAUCGACGGUGGAGUCGGUGAUGAAGAAGAUCAGCGAGAAGAUUCACAGCCAUGAUUCAUCGUCGUCUUCGGAUCAUGAGAAACCAGCUUCACCUUCCUCCGUUACGGCUAAGCUUUAUCGGUUGUUUGGAAGAGAGAGGCCCGUUCACCAUGUUCUUGGUGGUGGAAAGCCUGCUGAUGUGUUCUUGUGGAGGAACAAGAAGGUAUCAGCUGGUGCGCUUGGUGGAGCAACUGCAAUUUGGGUCCUUUUUGAAUUGAUUGAAUACCACCUACUUACUCUAGUCUGUCACAUUUUGAUACUCUCUCUCGCAUUAAUGUUCCUAUGGUCCAAUGCCCAUACCUUUAUCCACAAGACUCCACCUCGCAUCCCAGAAAUUCAUUUGCCGGAGGAGCCAUUCCUCCAAGUUGCCUCUGCUCUGACAAUUGAACUUAACCAGGCGCUGAAGCUGCUGCGAGAUAUUGCAUCUGGAAGAAAUCUGAAGAAGUUUCUUAUGGUUAUAGCUGCUUUCUGGGUCCUGUCAAUUGUUGGGAGUUCCUGCAACUUCUUGACCUUGUUCUACAUAUGUUUUGUGUUGCUGCAUACGGUGCCUGUUUUCUAUGAGAAGUAUGAGGACAAGAUUGACCCAUUUGCAGAGAAGACGAUGAUUGAGAUAAAAAAGCAAUAUGCAGUUUUCGAUGCCAAGGUUCUGAGUAAAAUUCCCAAAGGUUCCUUGAAGACCAAGAAAGUUUAGAGGCUCGGGUAUCUAGUCUCCAGCAUCAUUUGGAUAAUUGUGGGGUUUCCGUGGUUGUUGCGUUCUCUGUUCACAUCAGCUAGAGGCAUUUCUUCCAAAAUCAGCUGUUCACAAAUGUUUUGGCUUGCAACAUCAGUAAAAGCAAUCGGUUGUUAGCAAUAGGCCAAGCUUGCAGAUGGCAACCAUAAGGCGAUUAUUUUAUCAUAUAACUUUGUUUCAUUUGGAUAACAAUCAGCUUUUUAUAUGUGGAUGCCACUUGAUUUUGUGCUGUUAUAGGGUUGUUUUAUUUGUUUCCUAAUUGGUGUGGUGCUAUGGUGGUUUCCUGAUGAUUAGUCCUUUAUAAGU